CCGGGGUCACGUUGAUCUUCCGGGUCCUGUGACAGGGUUGUCUACGCCGCCUUUUCGGCGACUUUUUAGUCUUCCGCCUUUCCCCCCCCCCCCCCUUUCUUUUUGUUGUUGCCAUCCCCAGCCUUCCACGGCCGCGCGGGCCCGGCCUUAGGCUCGUGACUCUCCGCCGCCCUGCCCGCCCGAGCUGGGCCGCGCCGCGCCGCUGGCCGCUCCUACCUCUGCCUGCUCGGGCGGCAGCUCCGGCCUGGGAGCGUGUUGGCGGGCAGUGCCGCUGGGCCCCGCUCGGCCCUUCGGCGUGGACGCCGGUGGAAGAAUACAUGUUUACCUUUAGUGAACACGAGCAUGUUCCCAAACUCAAUCUUGGGUCGUCCACCCUUCACUCCAACCCACCAACAGCAUAAUAACUUCUUUGCUCUCUCACCAACUCUUUAUUCACACCAGCAACUUAUAGAUGCACAAUUCAACUUUCAAAAUGUAGACUUGUCUAGAGCUGUGUCCUUACAGCCCCUGACAUAUGGAACUGUCAGUCCAAUACAGACCUCAACAUCCCCAUUAUUUCGAGGAAGGAAGAGAAUAAGCGAUGAAAAAGCUUUUCCUCUUGAUGGUAAACGGCAGCGUUUCCAUUCACCCCACCAAGAGCCAACUAUAAUCAACCAGCUAGUGCCUUUAUCAGGUGACAGAAGAUAUUCCAUGCCACCGUUGUUUCACACGCACUAUAUACCAGAUAUAGUCAGAUGUGUUCCACCUCUUCGAGAAAUUCCACUCUUAGAACCUCGAGAAAUCACACUGCCUGAGGCCAAAGAUAAGUUGAGUCAGCAGAUACUAGAGUUGUUUGAAACUUGUCAGCAGCAAGCAAGUGACUUGAAGAAGAAAGAACUCUGUAGAGCACAGCUGCAGAGAGAGAUCCAGCUGCUCUUCCCACAAAGCAGACUUUUUCUGGUUGGAUCAUCUUUGAAUGGAUUUGGUGCCCGAAGCAGUGAUGGCGAUUUAUGCUUAGUUGUUAAAGAAGAACCAUGUUUUUUCCAGGUAAAUCAGAAGACUGAAGCACGACAUAUACUCACCUUAGUCCAUAAGCACUUCUGUACUAGACUGUCUGGCUAUAUUGAGAGACCUCAGCUGAUUCGUGCAAAAGUGCCAAUUGUGAAGUUCAGGGAUAAAGUCAGUUGUGUGGAAUUCGACUUAAAUGUAAACAAUACCGUUGGAAUUAGAAAUACAUUCCUUCUCAGAACUUAUGCAUACCUUGAAAAUCGAGUUCGUCCAUUAGUGCUGGUGAUUAAGAAGUGGGCAAGUCACCAUGACAUCAAUGAUGCCAGUCGUGGCACAUUAAGCAGCUAUAGUCUUGUAUUGAUGGUUUUGCACUAUUUACAAACCCUACCUGAACCCAUCCUUCCAUCCCUCCAAAAAAUUUACCCAGAAUCUUUUAGUACUUCUGUACAGCUGCACCUUGUUCAUCAUGCCCCAUGUAAUGUUCCUCCUUACCUCUCAAAGAAUGAAUCAAGUCUUGGGGACCUCUUACUGGGCUUUCUUAAAUAUUAUGCUACAGAAUUUGACUGGAACACUCAGAUGAUUUCAGUUCGUGAAGCCAAAGCCAUCCCAAGGCCUGAUGAUAUGGAAUGGAGAAAUAAAUACAUCUGUGUUGAAGAACCUUUUGAUGGGACUAACACCGCCAGAGCUGUGCAUGAGAAGCAGAAGUUUGAUAUGAUCAAGGAUCAAUUUUUAAAGUCAUGGCAGAGAUUGAAAAACAAGAGAGAUCUGAACAGUGUUCUGCCUUUGAGAGCUGCUACCCUGAAAAGAUAACUGCUCUCUAAUUCUUCAAUUCUUCCAAGAAAUAAAGAACAACAGAUAUAUCAUAAUUCAUUUUGUUUACCUCCAUCAUGGUUUAUUUUUAAUGUUCUUGUUUUCAUGUUUUAUUUUUAAAAGGACAUAUAUAAAGAUUGCAUAUUUUAUUAUGACAUUUCCUAAUAAACUCUUUGAUUUAAGAAAAUGUAUUUUUGAAAAUGUUUACAUCUCUUAGUAGUAUUAUGGCAUGACUUUUCAGCAUAAAAUAUAUUUUGAGAAAUUACCUGAACUAAUAAGGUUUUGAUAUAUUCUCAAGUACUUGUACCACAUACUUAUCCUGAAGAACUAUGUGGGAGUUUGCAAAGAUCUCAGUACUUAGUGUAACUGGCAGCAGCAGCAGUCUAGCUCAGUUCUAGUCAAGUAAAGAUUCAAGUCAGCUAUUCAGUUACUUGAAGCAAAUGAAAUCUUUGAUUCAGUACGAUCACUGUGGCGUCUUGAAUUACUGGACAGUUGCCUUCAGUCUUCACUCGACUCCCUGGGACACUGUCUGAGGGGUGGCUGUACUGUUUAUAGCACUUCACACCUGACUUUGAUAGACUCUGGAGGUUGCUUUAGAUUUUGCGUUGAAACAAUACAUUUUGCACUGUUGUAACAGGAACACUAACAACAGUUAGUGACUUGUUUAUGGACUAUUUGAAAGUCUCUGACUUAAAUAUUUUGGAAAAAAUGGAGUUUCUUCUGCUUUCUGAUAGCACAGUGAACUGUGCACUGUGGUGUCACCUGUUCUCCUGGUUUUAUUUUCCUCAUGAUAGGAAACAGCAGAAAACUGAAACAUCAAUGUUAAGAUUAUAUCCUACUUGUAGAAUCAGAUUUCUGUGGAUUAUAAUCUAAACUGGAAUUUUUAGGCAGUAAGCCACUACAAAGUGUUUUAGAUAAGACAAUAAAGUUAUAAAUAAAAGUUUAAUGUUUAUACAAAAAUCUUUUUUAGUAUUUCUUUUCCACAUGAAAGUAGUAGUUCAGAUACAAGCUAUGCUGUUUAAUAAGAUUGUUUUUAGUUUAUGUAAAUACUUAUAAAUUGGUCAGUACCUGUAUUGUACAUUUAAAUAUAAAAAGUAAUCUUGAAGGCAGUUUUAACUUUUUCAAAGAUUGCAAACUUCUUGUAGGCCUACAGUGGUACAAUUUGUACCACUAAACUAUUUUUUGCAGACCAAUUAAAAAACUAGAACUUUCACUUUGUUUGACUUACAAAGGGUGCAUAUUUUCUUUUUAAGUUUAAAUUUUUGUAUGCUGUCAAAUGGAAUAAAGUUUAUAUCUGGAAAUUGUUGAGGUGUUAUUUUUCUGUGCAAGUUGUUUUUGGGAGAGUAAGGCUGUAAUUAUCUUAACUGAUCUGAACCUAAUCGUCUUGAUUGUUGAAUACGCAGAGUGUCUGGGAUGAAGUUCAUCUGUAGCUAGCCUGUGAACCACAUUAUUUCUGUGGCAUAAUUAGGAACAGAGCUUUCUCUAUGGGUCAGUUCUUUAGAAUACUGAUCUGCAGUCCUUUUGAUGCAGUUUUAAAAAUUUACAUAUGCAUUUUUUUCUUGGAAACAUUCCUAAGGUUUAUCCCACAUUGUGCAGCGCUUUCUCAGAGUGUACUGAGUAUGACAGUUCAGUGUGACCCCAGGUAAUGUUCUGCAGCACUAUGGCAUUUAAUGAAGCCUCAGACUUUGCAGUAGUGUGGAUUCUUGCAUUGCCACCAUGUUGUUUUCAGUGGUUCCACUCUCCUAGUCAGACUAUUUGUUGUAACAAAUAGACAAAAGACUUAAGAAAUCUGCAUCCUGGAAUGAGCCAGCACUUAAGAGCAUAUACUCACGGCAGUCCAGCUGUAUCAGCUAAGUGGGCUGGUAAUAUGAGACAGGUAGUUUUUGUUUUUUGUUUUUGUUUUUUUUAAUUUCUUUUCAGUGCUAGGGAUUGAACACAGCGGGUGUCUGCUAGGCAAGUGCUCCACCCAUUGAGCAUUUCCCCAGCUGGAGAAUUAAAAUCUUUUCAAUUUCAAAUGAAUACUACAUUUUUUGUUUGGAUGUGCUGUUAAAAUAUUGUUAGUAUUAAACGUGUGGACUCUGUAAAUAAUUCUAAAUUUUGAGUUAAUUUGAAAUAGGGUCUUGGCAAAAUCAGUGGUAAAAGAGGCUGCCGAUCUAUACCUCUCUGUCCUCAGACCCAAUGUACAGCAUACAAGCUGAUGUAACUGGAGAAUAAUAUCCUUAUUUUCCAUCUCAUUUAACAAUUGUAAGAAUCUGCGAUGAUUAAAAUAAAGGUUUGGAGAUCUA